AUGAGCACAAGAUUAAAGGCUUUGGAUGCAUACAGACACGGCCUGAGAGCUACUCGAAUAGCAUUCCAGAAUGAUACGAAAGUACUAUUAGCUGCUAGAGCCAAAAUGCGGUCAGGGAUGGUGUCUCCGCCCAAUCCAAAACUCACCACAGAGGAGCAGGUUCAACAUUUAGAAGAUGUGGCUAUUUUCUUGAGACGAAACUUGGUUCAGGGUCAAAAAGUUGAUGACACCGAUAUGAAGGAGCCCAGGUAUCAUCUGAACAUUCAUAAAGACACUGAAUUGGGUGACAAUGAGACUAUCGCGGACCCCACAGCAAGAGUGAAAACAAACUUGAAGGCAAGACCAUUCAAGUGCUCCGAUAGAAAGCACUGA